UGGCGCCCUAAGCCUAAACUCCUAUAUUUGUCGCUAAAGAAAACGUCAUCAGACAUUCAGGCAUCAGCGGCUUCAGUUCUCGUCUCGUGUUAACAACUGGGUGAUUAAUGCUGUCUAAUUUGCAACUUUUGGUAAAGCGAGUUCACAGUACUAUCGCAUACAUUAUGAGACGGGCGUUUAUCAGCCUUGUGAGCAAGGUCCUGCUCUAUCAGAGCUGUACAAGCGUCCCUUUGAACACGAAACUACGCCGGAAAAUGGUGGUAGGGCUGGGGAACCCUGGCAUGGGCAGCACGCGGCACAGCGUGGGGAUGGCAGUGCUGGGGGCGCUGGCUGGCAGGCUGGGUGUGGCGGAGCACUGGCGAGUUGACAGGCAGGUGUCGGGGGAGCUGGUCCUGUCCGAGCAGGAAGGGGUCCAGCUGGUGCUGCUCAAACCCUGUCUCCUCAUGAACAUCAAUGGAGCCAGCGUGGCCAAGGCAGCUGAGAAAUUUAAAAUUAUGCCAGAAGACAUUUAUCUGAUUCAUGAUGAGCUUGACAAGCCCCUUGGGAAAUUUGCAAUGAAACAAGGAGGCAGUGCGAGGGGUCACAAUGGAGUGCGUUCCUGUAUGGACUGCCUGAAAACUGACGUGAUGCCACGCAUGAGGAUCGGUAUUGGCAGGCCUGCAGGGAAGGUGUCGGUGGAGCGCCACGUCUUGGGCAGAUUCUCCACAGAGGAGCAGGAGCUAGUGAGAGCGGUGCUGGAGCAGAGCGCAGAGCUGCUACUCCAACACAUCACAGCCAGCAGCAGCGAGGGGACAGGGGCGCAAGGCAUGACACUGCCACAAGGGGGCAGGGUCACUGCUAAAACAUGACACUAGGAUGCUGCAUUCAGGGGGAAACAAAUAUCUGUUUAAAGAGUCUUAAACAAACAGAAGCAGCCUGGAAUUCUGCGAUGGCAAUUUUGCGCGAACCUGGGAACCAGAAAACUGUGCAAAAGUGAACAUGUCCUCGUGGAUGUGUAUUUAUUAUUAUAUUUAAACAUGUGUUAUUCUGAAAGACCGAGAACCAAAACACAGUGUUGAAUGGUAUCUGUGCAAGCCACUUGGCUGAGCUCCACAACUGCAUCUCUGACCUGAAGGAUCACCCUUUGGUACUCUUGGAUGCCUAACCGUGAUGUGAUUUUGGAGAGUUGGCUGAUGCCACUAAACACAUUUCACUUGUUACCUAUAAUAAGACAAGUUACUUUAAAUAAGGGUAAUUUAAAUAAUGUUAUUUAUAUUACAGGUGAAAAUGCAUCAAGUAAAUGAUGGAUAUUUUUUCAAAGUUGUAUUUUAUACUGAAUAGUGAAAUAUAGAGGGAGCGCCGUAUAGCCACAUCUCAUUUUAAGCACAUUGGGAUUAAAUUACUUUCCCCUAAAAAGGGUUACCCAGUGAGUGAAUGGGCCUGAUUUUUGCCCAUAAUAAGAGGAUCUCCAGUUUGCCAUCUGAACUUAAUAUAGUUGCUCCUUUAUGAGUAAAUAUCAGUCCUUCUCAACCCCCAGUACAUUUUAUAUAGAAAAAAGUGUGGGUUAAUUUACAUGGGAAAAUACAGUUUGAGGUGGAGAUGUGAAAAUA